AUGCAUUUGAAUAAAUCCACGUAUGAUGGCCUGCAUUUAUAUUUUGUGGUGUUACAGGACUGUUGUACGCUUUUGCCUUUUGGGACCAUUUCUGAGGAUAAUGUUGCUGUUAUGAAGAAUCUCACCAUUUCAUACCAACUGCAGGAAUAAGUCCUGCAACCUCUAAACCACUGAAAAUACAUGGAGAGCCUAUUUGGUUCAGUUUCAAGACAGAAUGUGUCUGGUCCCCUUGAAUCUUGCCAGAGGCAUUUCCCUGAGCUGGAAAGUUAUUGUUUUAAAGGAAACUCUACAAACAUGUGAACCUAACAGGGAAACAUGUUGGGUUAUCUGAUCCUCACCGGCAGUUUUUUUUCCUCUCCCACACCAGCCUCACAUGGAUAUUUUUUGCAGCGUGCAAGCGCCUUGACGCGAGUGACAGCGUUUGUUUACUAGUCUCCAUAAGUGCGUGUCAGCCUGAUGCAUAUCUGUGCUGUCAGCCAAGAGAAAGGUGGAUCCUUCAAUACAAGCCAACACCUCUUAUCCUCAUCCUGUCAUGCGUGUGGCAGAGCAGCUCCAUCCAGCCCCAUCUCUCGGGCAACGACACUCCCGCCCUCGUCUUGCCUCUCCGCAAAUGCACUUGUGCGUCCUGGAAAACACCCUGCAUCUGACAGAAUGAAUGGCUACGGGUCCCCUUACCUGUACAUGGGGGCUCCGGUGUCUCAGCCCCGGGCCCCGCUCCAGAGGACCCCAAAGUGCGCGCGGUGCCGGAACCACGGCGUGCUGUCGUGGCUCAAAGGUCACAAACGCUACUGCCGCUUCAAGGACUGCACCUGCGAGAAAUGCAUCCUCAUCAUCGAGCGGCAGCGCGUCAUGGCGGCGCAGGUGGCGCUCCGCAGGCAGCAGGCCAACGAGAACCUGGAGAGCCUCAUCCCGGAGUCACUCAGAGUACUGUCCGGCAUCGGCAUCUCCGGAGCCGGCGAGGGGAACCAGGGAGCCCCGCCGAGGACGGAGGAGGUGGAGUUGAGGUGGAGCAGCACGGAGCCGGUGCAGGCCGAAGCACAAACAUGCACAGAGCCCACAGAGGACAGUCCUGAUGAGGUGUCAGGGGCUGAAAACGGGGAGAACUCCAGUGAGAAGGAGCAAGACCCGGUCAGCUCCCCCGAGGGCUCCAAACCAAACUCCUGCUACACCCCAGAGCCUCCAGAAACCCCCUCCCACCCGGAGGAGGAGAGCCGCUACAGCCUCCCCAAAACCGGCAGCACCGAGAAGGAAGCCAAACCCGAGAGCUCCCCCAAGUAUCCCGUCAGCCCCGCGGAGCAGAGCGUGUUGAUCGAAGGCCUCGCCGGCUCUAUCAACCUGCCCUUCAGCCUCCGAGCCAACCGGCCGCCGCUGGAGGUCCUCAAGAAGAUAUUCCCCGCUCACAAGCCUCCUGUCCUGGAGCUCAUCCUCAGAGGCUGCGGGGGAGAUCUGGUGGGGGCCAUCGAGGUGCUGCUGUCCAGCCGGGGUCCUGACGGGAGCGCGCAUCCACACGCCGACCCGCAACCGGACGCCCUGAUGCUGCCUUCAAAUGGACACCUGUUCGAGCACACGCUGGGCUCCUACCACCCGGUGUCCUCCUCCGCUAAGUGGUCGGUGGGCUCUGCUUUCCGGGUCCCCGAGUCCCUGCGCUUCACAUCCGACUCCGCCUCGGGCGUGGUGUCCACCAGCCCGCUGGCUGUCCCCCUGCAGCACCCGUCCUUUCCGCAGCCCAUGCGCUACCCGCUCAUGCUGCUCAACUCUCUGACUAGCAGCCAGGCCAGCCCCUUCGUGCACAACGACGUGACUCUGUGGAAUACCAUGGCCUUGCAGCAGCAGUACCAGCUCCGCUCGACGGCCCAGUACGUGUCUCCUUUCUCCCCCGCAGCUCCCGCCGGCUCGGGUGGGUCCGUGUUCCGUGGCUCGCCCAUCCUCCCCUCCAGAUCCUCAGAGGAGCAGCGCAUGAGCAUCCAGGAGGAGAGCUGCACGCUGGGACCCAAACCCGGCCUCUACUCCCCUGUUGAGGAGUACGAAGAACGCUCCGACUCCACAGACUCCCGCAUCCUGAACUCCUCCGCCUAGAACAGAUGCUGAUGAUGGACUAAUACAGCAGAGGACACCAAAAAUGUAUUAUUGUGAAUGGACAACCAGUGUAUGUCGAGUAUUUUUGGGUGGGUGGAGGGCGAGGGGUCCUGUGUCUUGUUUGAAUUGAAUUGUGUCAAGCAAUCACCCUUUGAUGAGAUGAUGUUAAUCCUCUAACAUCAGGCUUUCAAGAUGUCAUGUGGACACGACCAAAACGGAUUCAUAUUGUUUUGAAAAGCUGUCAUCUAUUUCCUGUAAGCAUGUUUAGUACUGUGAAAACUUUCGAUGUAAGGAUCAUCACUGCAUGUUAAGAGUAUGCCAAAUAAAUCAGAGUUUCCCAAAUGGAUUAGGCUGCUGUCUUUACUCACAGGUAUUGUUGAUGGCUGAAGUUGUAUAAAAUAUCAAACUAAAAUCUUCAGCGAAUAAAAAUUACCUGUCUGCUUUUUAAGUUCUUAGCUGAGUAUGACUUUCAUGUUCAUGGUGUUCAAUAAUCCUCCAGUAUUUUAAAUCAAAUUCAACAUCAGAGGGUUGUUAUGUUAAAGUCAAUCAUGUUCACCAAUAUGGCCUCCAUUGUAACAGUG